GUCAAUUCUCGUCCGUUGUUUCUGUAUGUUCGAAUCGAAUCGAAUUAUAAAAAUAUGUCUGUGAUCGUCUUUUCUAUUAAGAAAAAGAAAAUCAUCAUUGCUUCGUUAUAAGAGCAACACAGAGUUUUCAUUUCACAGUUUUUCAAGUCAAUUCUUGUUUAAACUCUCUCGCAAAACGAACGAAUUAUUCGAGUGAAAUUCAUUCGUCAAGAAAUCCUUCCGAAUUUUAAAUUGCAUUCAGUAUAUUUUUAUUUUUGUUAAUGUCGGUAUAAUAGAUAAAUGUGAACACAUCGAUCUGCUUCGAUCAGUUGCAUUUCUUGUAUAGUUGUAUGAAUGGUGUAAAAUUAAUCCAAUUUUUUUAUGAAAUUGCCUACGAGUGGAAUGGAAAUUUUUUUCUUCAAAAAGUGUAUAAAAAAAGAAAAUAGCAAAAGAUUAUUCAGUGAAUCUCUAUGAAACUCAAGGCUUCUCCACAUACGAGUUUCGCUUGUGAAUGAUUGAUACAGCAAUAUCAAAAAGAAAUGAAUUAUUACAAAGAUAAAAUAAGAGAUCAAUAAUAAAGAAAAUUUAAUUUAAAACGAAUUUAUGAAAUGGAUGAAAAUGGAAAAGCAGAAGUUUCGCUGCCGAGCGCAACACGAACAGAAGCACCAGUGGCAACUCAGCAAGAGAAUUUAAUUUGUGAAGUUGAAAAGCUUGAAGAGAAAAAGGAUGAUAACAUUGUGGCUGAUAAAAAUACUGAAGUAAUUGAUAUUAAAAGUGAGGCCAGUGAAAGUGACAAUGAAGAUGUCAUUGCCUCGCAAAAUGAGCCUGGGAAAAAUUCUGAUGUGAAUAUAGACGAUGAGUUUGAGAAAGUUGUGCCUUUAAAAUUUAAAAAAUUAUCUGAAGAAAGCACAGACGAAAUUGAUCAUGAAAUAGAGCAAAUUUUACAAGAAGCUAAACCGUUGGAAAUUGAACUUCCAUUAGAAAUUGCUGCAGAACAAUCGAAAGACAGUGAAAAUAUUAAAACUUCUGGAGAAACUGGGCUUGUCGAUGAGAAAGAAACUGAUCAGCAGAUUUCGUCAGAUAUAAAACCAUUUUCAGAUUCAAAUAAAAGUUUUGAAAUUGCUUCAUUUCAACCAGAAUCCCAGCAGAAAAGCGAGUUUGCUGAGAACAUUUUCAAGCCAAAAAUAACUCAGGCAUCAAUUGAAAUUGAAAUUAAACCUCAAGUAUCUACGAAACCUAUAGAAUUAAUUUCAAACACUGAAAAUAUUGAAGUCAAGCCUCAAGACCUUAAAGUAUCAAUCACGGAAAUUCAAGAAAAACCGCUUCACAUCGAAAAUAACGAAAGCUCAACUCCUGGCGAUUUGUCAAAUGACAAAAUAUCUGAAGCAUUGUCGAGUGAAGCAUUGGUGAGUGAAGAUGAACAAAAGCCUCCAGUACCAAUUCCUACAUAUUUAUGGGAAGACGUUAAGAAAUCUAAGGAACAAGGUGGUUAUCCUUGGACACAUCUUUACAAACAACCAUUGGGUGAUAAUGAAGAGCCAGAGAUUAUUUUAAACUAUAAACACUCUCCAAGAUCUUCAAGGAAACAUUUCGAUUCAGAAUCAGGAACUCCAAAAUCCCAAAAGAAGGUUCGCAUUCAAGACGAAAUAGAAGUGAAAGAGACCGAAAAUUAUAUUCAAGAUUUAUCGGAUCAAGAAGCUGAAGGAGGUGAAAAAGCGAUUAAUAAAGAUGACGCCGAACCAUCUGAAACUUUUGAAGACAAUGAAAAAAUUUUAGAUGAACAAAAAUCGCCUAAAAGCAUUUUGAAAGGUUCCAAAAAUAUUGCGGAAAAUAUUAAACCAAAAGAAUCGAAGUUUGAUUCAGGAUCGUUGAAGAAGAAAAUUAAAAAUCCUUUGCAAAAGAUCAAGAAAAUGGCAGAUCAGCAGUUUAAGAAGGUAAAGUCAAGCAAACCAUCCAUCAAAAAAAUUCCUGUUUCUAAGAAUGACCUCGCUCUUAAUGAUGAAUUGAAAAUUUUAAAACUUAAAGAGUCGCCAAAAUCUCAGCAUCGUGAAAUUACAUCCUAUGUUGUUAAACAAGAUAGUGAAGACUCUUUAGAAAUUCUCGAGCUUGAUGAGUCACCUAUGGAAAAUCGGAAGCGUAAGAAAGCUGAAAAUGUUAUGGUGAAGCCUGACGAGAUCAUUGAUCUUCCUCUAUCUGAUGAUAGCAAAGAAAAUAUUUCACAAACAAAUGAACAAAAGGAGCAAAGUGAUAACGAACAAAGAGAGAGUACCGUCGAAUCUCAUGAAAUUUCAAUCAGUGGAAGCUCAUCACACUCUAAAGAUGGCACAUCAAAGAAACGAGACCAUGUGUAUGAAGAUAUAGAGGAAUAUAUUUCUAGGAUUACAUCUGAUAAAGAGAAUGUUGAGCGUGUCGCUUUUGAACAUGAUGAAAAGUUGGAAAGAAAGCCUCAACCAGGUGAAAUUGAUCCAGUUUUUGAUGAGUUUUCGAGAGAAUUAAAUAAACGAAUACGAAGAUCUUUGAGUGUUCAUGACGAAAAAACUCGUCAAGAUUUUGCCGAAGAAAUCCCACAAAUUAAAAUGUUAGAGACGCAUUUGUCAAGUCAAGAAAAUCAAGACGAUAAUGAUAAAAAAAUUUCUAAAAAAAAUAAAAAGAUGAAAAAACAAAAAUCAACUGAGCAUGAAGACGAAGAGAAUUCGACUACGCUUUCAGCUGUCGAAACAAAAAUUGAAAAUUUAAUCUCUAAAAUCACGUCCGAUAAUGAACAUGUUGAACGAGCUAGUUUUGAAGAAGAUCCUAGAUUAGAGCCAAAACCAGGUGAAAUUGAUCCAGUGUUUGAUGAGUUCUCUCGUGAAUUGAAUAAAAGGAUUCGAAGAUCUUUAAGCGUUCAUGACGAGAAGCUUCGCCAAGAAAUUUCUGAAGAAAUCACUCAUGCCAAAGAGUUGGAUGAAACAUCAAUCGAAAAAAAUCUUUCUAAAGUCACGUCUGAGGGUGUCACCGAAGAACAUGAAAUACCAGGAAAUGAUUCAAUGUCAAACCGUAAAAUCGAUCCCAUUUUCGAUGAAUUUUCUAAGGACAUCAACAAUAGCAUAAGAAAAUCUUUGACAACUCAAGAUGAAAAAUACCGUCAAGAACUUGCGAAAAAAAUUCCAAGAAUCGAAGAAUUAGAAAAACAAAUAUCCGAUGAAGAUAAAGAAGAAAAAAUCGAAGAAAUUUCAGAUGUGCAUAUUAAACAUUUACAUCUUCUUGCUCCGAUAUCUUCAAUUGAUUCGACAUCUUCAGAUGAAGAUAGAAAAACUCAAUUAUCGAUUCUUGCUGAAGAAAGUGAAACAAGCGAUAACAAGAAAAAAUCGUUUGACGAUUCUUCAGUUGAUAGAGAAAUAGAAAGUUUAAAGAAUGAUGGUUCAGACAUAAGCACAACUUUAAUUGAAGAUGUGAAUAAAAUUAAAGAUGAGUCUAAGGAAACAAACUUAUCGAUAGAGGAAAAUAAAAAUAAUGACAAAACUUUGAAACAAUCUCCGUCGAAACCUCAAGACGAUUCUUGUCAAAUUGUGAAAGAAGAUGUUUUUGUAAAACUUCCACAAGAAAGUUCGAAAAAAAUAAAUUCUCGCUGGUCAAAAAUGAGAGCAGAAAGUUCCCAUGCUGCGCCUCUUGAAGUGCGAUGUGCAUGUCAGUUUUAUCAAACUGAUUCUUUGAUUCCUGAGCGAAUAAAUCCCAUUGGAUCUCGACCACCUUCUCGUGCGGGUGAAAUUGAAAAGCCAAUUUAUUGCUCUAAGCACAAUAAUCUUGAAAGCACAGCAGAGGAAGAGAAAUUGUCUGGAAGUGUUUUAAGUUUCGGAAAGUCAUCCGUACCCGAUUAUUAUGCUGAUACGAAUAAUUCAAUUCAAAGUGAAGAAUAUCGAUAUUCAAAUAACAAAGAAAAUGAAAGUUUGCGUCAAAUAAAUCAGUCAAUAACUUUUGAUGGUAAAAAUGUUCCCUCAAUAGAAAUAGAAAACUAUCGAAGAGAUUUUCCAACGACUGGUUCUAGUUUUGCGACGACCUCAAUUGUUCAAUCAAAUGUCACUUCUCCAUAUACUAUGAAAAAAGGACAAUUUAGUAGUCAAAAAAGUUUAGAUCGUUAUUCGACAUCGACUUUACUAAACAAAUAUCGACCAAAGUCUAAAUCUCAAGCACCGUCUUUGCAAGGCUCGUCAGCAGAUAUUCGAACAUCUACAAAAAUGACUAAAACAGUUAGUUUUGAUUAUGGAAAGUCUUCAAAUGUCAAUUCAAAUGAUAAUCCCAAUUUUGAUCAAUAUCAUAGAAUGUCUCCAAUGGUAUUUCCCAUUCGAGACCGAAUGCAAAAAUUGGAACGAAUGCAUGAUAGUCGUGAUCACGAGUAUGAGCCAAUUUCAGAUCCCAACGAAAAUGUUACCGACCUUGAUCAACCCGAUACACAAAAUUCUGACAAGAAACUCUUACGUACUCCAACUGAAGACAGUGAAGAUAAUAUAAGCGCGCAAGAUUUCCAAAACGAAAUCGAAAACAGAUUUUUCAAACAGGAAAUUGCCCCAAUAGUUGAUGAUGAAACCCAUGUUCAUCAGGAAAACACUUUUGAGGAAGCUGUUAUUAUUGAUGAAGGCCCAGUAACCAGAGAAUUGCCAAAAAAGAGAAAUAUUAUAACCAGUGCUCAAGAACAAGGAAAAAAUCUUCACAAAAAGAUUAAAGCUCAAGCAGGCAUGUUGAAGUCAUCGCUGGGUAGUAAAAUGAAAAGAAAACCAAAGGAAAAACCUGUUGCUGCAGAGGUGGCGAAAGAAGACGAAGAGAUGACUGCUGACGUGGAAAUGUUUACAGAAUCUGAAGUUGUUGAGACAGUGACUGUUCAACCUAAACCUCAGUCCAAGUCCAAAACCUUCAAAAUGCCCAAUUUUGCAAAGAACAUUAAAAAGCCGUCCUUGCCGAAAUUUAAAAAAUCGCAAUCAAAUAAACCUGACGAGAUUUCUUCAUCGGAAGUACCCUCGGAGCGUCCAAGCUUGCCUGAAUUAAAGAUUGGAGAAAGAUUUGCGAGGUUCCGCAAGUUGGGUAGAAGUAAGUCAUUAAAAGAAGAAUCUGCAACAAAUGAUUCGGAAUCAUUUACAACGCCUGAAAUUGCUACAGCUGAACCAACAAAGAAACGUUUCCAUUUUGGAACUUAUCCUCGUAUGAUCAGAGACAAAUUUAAGAAACAAAAAUUACCCGAACGAAGCGAUCAAAGUGUUCGAUCUGAAUCACCUCCAAUAGUUGAAUUUAAGAGAGUUACAGAGACUUUCACGCAAAGGGGACCCGUAGCAAGUCGCUGGCCUGAAUAUCAUCAAGAUAGUGAAAAAUAUCAACAGUUCCACAGCGAAUCUGAAAUUGAUCGAGAGUCUUCAAUUGAAAGACGAAUGAGAUUAGAUUAUGAUCGAUCAACUGAAGAAAGAGAAGAUUUUGAAAUUGUUAAACGUUUGUUGUCAGAGGAACAAAAACAACUCGAUGAUAUGGAAAACGAAAAUCACGAGAUUCAUCUGAUGGCUCAAGAAAGAUACAAGAAAUCCGCUGUAGAAAGACAAAGUUCUGAUGAUGACAAAAUGCUUUGGAGUGGAAUGUUAAACAAGGACGUAACAGAUGAAUUUCAUGAGCCAAAUGCUUUGAAAUUCGAUGAUUCUGAAAAAUAUGCUUUAGAUUAUUAUAAGAACGAAUCUGAUUUAAAUCGUUCCUACACCCCACAAACGAAUCAAGAAACUCAGAGCAGCGGAAGUUCAGAAACUCGACGACGUAAAGGAAUUUUGGAUGAAGAAGAUGAUUACUUUCUGAGAGAAAAUAGAAUUUCAAAUGAAAUUCAUAUUGGUGAUUACAUCAGUUCAGCCAUCAAAGAAGGUUUGAGUUCACCCGAAGAUAACGCUUUGUCAAAAAUGGGAAAAUAUGAUGAAAAGAAAAGCGAUUUUAUACCAGACAAACCCAUCAGGUCACUAAAGCGUAAGAAUAAAAAAAAUCAAGAAGACGAUGGUGAAGAUGAUAACAAGUGGAAUCGUGAAAAUACUUUAGGCUUUAAAGAAUUUUAUAAAACCUUUCCUGAAGCGCAACAAGGCCGUCAUCAAACCAAAAGCUUUAGCACUGAAGGAGAUGCUGAAGAGGAUAUCGAUUUAAAUCGCGAUGAGCUGGUUGGAGACUCUUUCGAUGUUGGAGAUGAAAUUAUCGAUGACUUAAGUGAACAAGAUUCGUAUUACCGACAACAAAUCUUAAAAGGUUUAGAGCAUCCCGAUUUGAUCUUGGCAAAAGAUGAUUUUGACAACGACUUGGAAUACAAUUUAUCAAAUUUGCCUGUUCCACCUACGCCUCCACGUCGCCGAAAAAAGAAAAAAAUUCGAGCCUUCCAGCCAUUCGUUGCGGUACGAAAUGAAAGCAUUACCGACAAAACACCGUUGGCAGAACAAAAUAUCACAGUUUUUCAAUCUCAACAAAAAUAUGUUCCUUUAGCACAAGAGGAAUAUUUCACUACACCCACACCUACACCACGACGUACUAGGUCACGUUCAGAAAUAUCUGCACAUACUUUGGACGAUGCGGAAUCUUUUAAGAAAGAUUCCGUUGAAGGUUUUACCGCUUUCCAUAAUCAAGAUAAAGAAAAUGGUUAUGCACUAGUAAGAAAAGAAACCCCAUCACGACCUGUUCGUCGUAAGCGCUCAACAAAAUCCUUAGGGGAAAGACAAUUUGCAACAAUGCCGCAUAUGAAACGAGACGGUGAUACACCACCCCAUAGACCUGUUCGUAAUUACAGCACAAUAAUUCCAAGUAAACCGCCACGAACAAAAUCAACAGGCAGCUUAGUUGAAAUUUCAAAAACUAUUAAAAAUGACGAUGAUGAUUAUGAAGAAAUAUUGGAUAAUAACGACAAUAGCAUUGUUCACCAACGUCUAAAAUCUGGAGAAAUUGUGAAGAAAAUGAAGGACAGGCCAUUACCACCCCCACCACGACCUAAACGAGAAAAUAAAAAGAACAAAAAAGAUGAUGGCAAUAAUGAUGAUAACAAAUUUGAUAAAGAUGAUGGCGCUGAAAAAGUAAUUGAAUCGUUAACAAUCGAAACAGACACUGAAAAUGUUUUUCUUGAAAACAUACAUGACGUGCAUGAAAGUGAACCAUUUGCAAGUGCAUCUUUGCCCCGACAAGACUCAGAUUUAUCAGAACCUGAUAAAGUUAUUGAAGUUGAAGUCUCAACCCAAACCGAUCCCGUGCCUGAUGAAGAAUUUAUAUGUGAUGACGAUGAAGAUGAAAACAUUGACAUCGACCUCGGCGAUGAAUUUUUAACUUCUAAUGGCAAAAUGAAAACUUUAGAAGAUAUUUUGAAAGAAGAACAAGAAGCUGAAAUUGAAAGAGCUCGGCAAUUAGCUGAGGCUGAAAAUCUUUCACGUGGAAUACAGAGAUUUAGAGAUUCAAGUCAGCGUUCAUUAUCAGAACGUUCAAAAGCAUCUGGAGAUCGUUCUAGAUCAUUAAGCAGACCAAUUACGCCUUCUGCGGUUUUAGUUGAACAAAAGAAAUCAUCACCAAUUAUGUUUAAUAAUGAAGAACAAACAUUAACUGAGGCAGGACUUUUUAUUCAUCCAAUAACUUAUGAUGACUUUGGAAGACCCCCAAGUGAAGAGGAGUCAAAUUUAAUUGAACAAACAACUGAAGCUCUCGAUGUGAAUAAUAAUUUCGAACUCGUGAACAUCAUAAAUGAACCGACGAUUCAACAAAACGAGCCAACUAACAUUACUUUGAAUAUCAUACCUCAAGAUGAUUUAAAUUUGGAUUCAGAACAAACACCAAAUGACCAAGAAGACGUUGCUGGCGAUAAAGAAAAAGAUGACGAAUAUUUCGACAGAGACAUGCAAAGAAAAAUUGAAGAAAUGAUUGAAUCUGUUAUGAAUAGUGCGAGAGACGAAGUUGAUUUGAUAAAAACGUCAAAUGAUAACGUUGUUGAAGAAGUGAAAGACGAGAUAGAAGCACUACAAGCUCCCCCUUUGCCACCACCAAGAAGAAAAUCAAAUAUUGAAACCGCAGAGAAAACAAAUGAGAUUAAGGAGAGUUCAAGAGUUGAUGGAACACAAAAUGAUUCAAAAAUGUUAUCACCGCAUGAAAAUCAGACACAUCAAGAAGAAUUUUCAGCACUCGAACAAGUGCAGAGUGAUUUCCAUGGUAAUCAAUUAUCAAAUCGCCUUCAUCUUCCUAAUCUUGAGAUCGAUAACCUUAGCGUUCAUUCACUUCAAGCAGGAAGAAUAGUUGCAUCAGAAAUCGAUAGCAACACAAUAGUUACAAACGAACUUGAGUGCAAAUCUAGUCACAAUAUAACAAGUGACGAUAAGCCAAUAGAGUUCCCUCCUGGCUUUAUAGAAGAGAUAGUCGAGAGAGUAAGAAAUGCUGAACGUGUCGAACAACAUAAGCAACAUGACCCUUCACAACAACCGCAAAGAGUUGCUGACGAUGAAAAUGCACCAGUAAGACCUCCUUUACCAACGGAAUUUAAUUAUAUAGCAGUACCGCCAGCUUUUUAUCAACUGAGAGACAAUUCAGAAGAAGAUGCCGUUCAUCAUCAGUCAGUGCCACAAAGACGUCGUCGUCAUCAGAAUAGGAAAAGAGAUUCAACGUCGGAAGAAGAUUAUCAGAAAGGUCAAAGAACUAAAAGUCGAGGUGGAACUUCAAGCGAUCAAUCUGUGUUGGGAGCAGGAAGUCAAUUUAUACGUGCUUGCGGAAAUGCAUUAAAAGAAUCGGGUGGACAAUUAAUGGAAAUUUUGAGAGCAAGCAGUAAAGAUGAAAAUAAGCGUGACUUGCAUCUUGCAUUAGUUAUUUUGAUCAUUAUUGUAGCAGGACUCAUUCUAAUGGGAAUGGGUGAUAAAUCAGUUCAUCAUCAUCAUUGGGAUUUCUUUAAUCCUCCGGAUAACCAUGGCCGUUAGGAUAAAACAAAAAAAAUUGAAUGUUUCUUACUUCUUUUGCAAUUUUAGUGUGUAUAUGAAAGUUAUUAAAAAUGCAUUUUUUAAUCCAUUAUCUAAUCUAUCACACAAUAUUGUUUAUCUCUGUCCUCGAAGAUAUUUUUCUAAACAUCUUUCAUAUCUUCGAAUUUCAGACACAAAUCUAAUAAAUUUUCUUAAUUUUAUUUUUUGAAUAUCAUUUUUCAUAAUUUUUUAUUAUCUCAUUUUCACUUGUGAUCUUAUGUUUUUACAUUAUGGUUCAUUAAAAUUUUUCAGAUUCAUUUCAGUUUUGCUACAACUCUUAAAAGAAUUUAUUGAAAAUAUUGUACACUUAAUUUUUGUUUUGUUUCUUUUGAUUGUUUAUAAAAAUUUCAAGAAAAAUGGAAUAAAUUGAUUUGAUUUAAAGUUCAUGAUUUUUUUAAAAUUCUUGUUUUGUAACUGAAUUACAUAUCUUCCUAUUUAUUUAAUUAAGGCAUAUAGAUCUUUAUAGCCAUUGCUUACUUUAGUUCUAGCUGCUAAAUUGAGAUAAAAAAUUAUUUUUUGGCGAAUAAAUUAAAAUCGCAUUAUUUAUUACUUGAUAAAUCAUGAAUAUUUUAGUCUUUUCCUGGUCAUUCUCUAUGUUGUUGAUGCUGUAAGGAAGUUCAACUGCUGUCGAAUCUCCACUCGUUUUAACACGAGAUUCAUAAAAUUUAUUUAAAUAGGUUUUCGCUUCAUGAGAAAUUAGAUAGUUUAUGACGAUUUUGUUGUGAAGACUACUGUCUUAACCCGAACAUAAGCCGCUAGCUUUUAUUCGAAUUUUGCUUGAAAAAUGCCCUGCGGCUUAAAAUUCGAUCGAAAAACUCGAAUAAGAGCACGACUCGAAUAAAAGCUUUUUUGACCAAAAAA